AAAAAAAUAUAUUUUAAAAAAAAAAAAAAAAAUUAAUAAUAAUAAAUAAACCAUAGAUCGCAACACAAAACUAGGUAGUCAGUAUAGCACAGACAUAAAUGAGCCAAAUUAACCUGAAUUUUCUGUUUUUCUAAAACCUACUCUAGUCCUUUUUUUGAAUAUCUCUUGCCGGCUCCAUGUAAAGCGAUGCUAACUAUGACUGAUCAAUCCAAUUCUAAAUCAUCAAUUUACUUCACCUUACGGAUCAACCACAAGGGUCGGGACCAUGUUCCGUAACGAACAGAAACUUUUGAACAGCCCCUUCGUGACCCGUGGUGAUUUUCACUCAGCACCUCAGUAUUAAUUGUGUCCUAUAGUAACUACACUUCGCUAUAUCAAAAUACCAAGGCCAAGUUAAGUUCAAUUGCUGCGUAGUAAAAUUAGUUCACGACGUUCUGAAAGCUAUACAGGCCAACCAAAAAACAACCAACUUCCUCCUCUGUAGCCCGGCCAGUUUAUUUCAUUUUAAGCUUCCCGAACUUCAGGUUAACGCAGUAUAACAAAUUGCAACAGCACUAAUAGCUCGUUUCCUUACAUUUCGGUGAUCGGAUAUUCCCAUAGAAUCAAGAUAUAUAAACAUACACACGGUAGUAAGUCGCUCUCAAGAUUAAAAGCUAACAGUCAUGGUCUCAGAAAUGAGUUUAGAAGAGUCGGAGCACAAAGUUGUGCAGAUCGUUCAUAAUCCGCAACUUCCCGGACAACACAAAAUCUGGAUUCAAGUCGUUUUUCUAUACCCUUCAGACGCCGUUUUCAUCUGGGCAUCGAACAAGGCAUCAGCCCCGUUCGGUUCAAUGUCGCUGGCUAUGCCGUCGCUGAACCCUGCGAGACGUGGGGAAAUAGUUAGCUCCACUCUAACCGGAAUCGGAAGCGUUGACGAAUCUAGUAACAGACUCUCUCGAAUUUUGUCUGCUAGAUUCCGUCGUCAAGUGUUUGCAACGACAGAACUUUCAGGCGCUUUUCCCAAUGACCCUGAAGAGGUAACGGAUUUCGAUGCAACGCUCUCUACCAUUAGCUCUAUUAUAGAGCAGGAAAUAAAGUUGCAGAGAUCGGAUUCCGACUAGCCUCGCAAUUGUUCGAUCCCGAACCAAAAAUCGAAUUGAGAUUUUCACUAAAUGUUUUUUAUGUACAAAUAAUAGGCGAAGCAAACUCACGACAACAGACCAGGCCGCAGCGCUCGCUCUGUCCACUUUGAAAUCUGUUGUUCACGGAAUUUCGCAUAAGCACUGGGCUCAUUGAUGGAUGCGAUGCGUGUUUGCAUUGCUUGGUACACAAGCGAAUGCGUUUGCAAUGGAUGCUGCAGUAUGUUUUGACGACUUAAAACUCGCCAAAGCUUUACCCAAAACAGAAUAGCGUCGAGGAGCAGUUCAUUUGAUUCUGGUCCACUGGAAGUCCCGUUCUCAGCCCAAAGCAUCCACUUUUCCCAAUCCAAUGCAAUUGAUUUCAGACGGCUAGACUCUUUAAACGGAAUAUAGCCAUCAAAACACGUGCCCCAAUGCCUUUCGAGUAUGAAGGCUACGUCGUUUAUGUUUUGUGGUGGAAAUGAAUUUGAUGAAUGCAAUGUUUGAAUUGCCAAGUCUUCCGUCUCCCACACGUUGGUUAAAUGAGCAACCAACAGGAUACCACUAUGCUCAACAAGCACUUUAGUAAUCUGAUCCAGUAAUUUUAAUGUGCGCGGAUGCGAACUUGCCAAGAUUUCUUGUUUCGACAGCAGUGGGUAGUCAUAAGCAAUAUCCAAAGAUUCCGUAGGCCGCUCAUCAAUUACAGUAGUGGCAUCGACCCGCGCAUACCGGGAACUCCAGGCACUAUUGUCUUGAGCAUCCAUAGGGAAAUCGACCGUUGACGCACGGGUCGAAGAAACGAUAGAGGGUGAAGGGACAGCAACAACAUCGACUUCCAUGAUUGCCGGCGCUUGGCUCAGCGACUUUGGCUGCUGUUUUAGGUUUUCGCCAAUCACACUUACCAAGAAAUCGUAUGCAUGCGUUUUACGGGUGAGCGAGAAUGUCUCAAUUGCGUGAACGGCUGAUUUUACACAAAGAUUUUUGUCGUCCGACAACAGAAUUACCCGUUUUAGACGCUCAUUUUGGAAGUAAAUGCAACAAUCCAAGAUGGAGUUAUCACCCUUUUCUCCCGAACGACAUUGUUCAUCUACACGCUGUCCGUAAAUACCAGUAUGCGUCUGUUGAAACUGCUCAAGCAAGAAUGUGUGUGCUUGUCUAGCCAAAUAACCGCAAGUGCCCUCAUUCGACUUGAGUCCAUCGAGUUCUUGUAAGACAGUCCAUGGAAUAACAAUUGCGAGUUCCUUUUCGGCGUUCGUAUACCGUAACAAAUCUUCACAAAAUGUCAUGUGCGACAGU